UUUAAGCAUGGCGGACGAUUUGGAUGAUGAGUGGUGGUUGCAAGAAAAUAAUGGCACAGAUAAAGAGGCAUCCAAAGAUGUAGCCUCUGAGUCUGAGGUAGAAUCUGCUGAUGAAGCAAUCCCAAAUAAACGGAAAGCAGAAUCAGAUAAUGACACAAGCCUUACAGAUGAGCCGCCAAAGAAGAAGAAGAAGAAGAAAAAGAAAUUGAAUAUUACUGAAGUACUGAAGAAGAAUGCACCCCAGGCAGGCUGUCCAGGUGAUGUUGUGACAGAAAUAACCAAACAUUUUAAGGACAAACUGUCCCCUAUUGAAGAGGAUGAGAUUCAGCUAUCAGAUCCAGAUGAACAUUUCCUUGAGAGCAAUACACUGGACCAGUUACCAACAAGUUAUUUCAAUGCCAUCAUGCCAAAAUGGAAGAAGCAGAUCCAAAAGUUAGAUGUCCCUGGUGCUCCAAUACUCCUGGUUAUAUCCUCGGCAGCAAUAAGGGCUCUAGAAGUAAAGAGGCAGAUGAAGACAUUUCUUGGUGAGAAGAGUAAAACUGCCAAACUCUUUGCUAAACACAUGAAGAUCAAAGAACAAGAAAAACAUCUGGGAAAGAAUGUGAUUCAUUGUGGAAUAGGAACUCCGAAUAGAAUCAGGAGCUUAUUAGAUUCAGGUGCUUUAAAAACAAACCGUCUUCAUUACAUUGUGUUUGAUUGGAACUGGAGAGACCAGAAACAGAAGCGAUUAAUUGAUGGACAAGAUGUGAAAACAGAUUUAAUGCAACUGCUUCAGAAACAUUUGAUACCACUUGUGAAAGCUGGAAAUGCAAAGUUUGGACUAUUGUGAUGAUUGAAAGAGACAUUUCAUAUGGACUACACUGUUUGAUUUACUGUCUGGGUAAAUUGUAUACCAAGCGCAUACAAAUUCUGUGAAGUAGAGCUGUUGUGUUCGUUUGAAUCAAUUGAUAUUUUACAAUAAAUCGUGCCUGCUUUGGUAGU